AUGUUCUCCCGCACCUCCUCCCUCACUGUCCUGAGCAGAGGCUGUCGCUAUCUCCUCCGUCCAAUUCCUCAGCGCGCCUCCCCCUUCGCCGCAUUCUCCCAUUCCUCGCGAUCUUUCGCCGCCAUCAACGCUGCCAUGGCCGAUACCUCGGGUGUCACUGCGGACUCACUGAAGCUUAAGCUCACCGAGCAAUUGCAAGCACAAUUUGUUGAGAUCGAAGAUCUGUCAGGUGGUUGUGGUCAGGCUUUCCAGGCGGUGAUUGUCUCCCCGCAAUUUGAGAGCAAGAAUAUGCUUGCGCGUCAUCGUCUUGUUAACUCUGUGCUGAAGGCUGAGAUUGCGGCUAUUCAUGCCUGGACUCCUAAGUGUUACACUCCUGAGCAGUGGCAGGCACUUCAGCAGUAA